ACUUUCAAAAACCUCUGCUCUGUUUUCCACAGAAAGUAAAAAUGAUGAGUAAUCUGAAACUUGGCGUUGAAGUCAUAAGCGCGAGACUCAAACCUAGAGAGGACUAUGGCCGUGUUAACUCUUUCGUCGAGCUACGGUUUGACGAUCAGAAAGUCAUAACUACGACUAAGAUCGAUGACUCAAGUCCGGUGUGGAACGAGAAGUUCUUCUUCAACAUCUCUGAUACAGAGGAUUUAUCAAAUCAGUUUCUUGAGGCUUACGUUUACAAUAAAACCAGCAGCAUAACGAAAUCAUGUCUAGGUAAAAUUCGAAUCUUGGGAACUGCAUUUCUGCCGUACUCAGAAGCUGUUGGAUUGCCUUACCCUCUUGAGAAAGAGAAAUGGAGUAUGUUCUCUUCCGCUGCCGCCAUUGGAGGCGAGCUCGCUCUAAAAGUGUUCCUCACUGAUAACCCCUAUCCCAAGGUACCGAAUCUAAUCCCUACAAAUAAGAUUUCUUCUAAAUCAAGGCACAAAUUUCACAACGUCCCCACAAAUGAGAAAAGUAAACAUAGCCCACGAGGGAAUCAGCAACCGUCUCAACCUCAACCGCAAUCGCUUCAGCCGCAACCGCCUCAACCGCCACCGAUUAUGGACUCUUCUCUGUUUCAAGCACCGAGGUUUAGUUCUCCGAUACCUACAACUAUGGGAUUUAAUCCGAAUCCACCGGAUUAUUCUGUCAAAGAGACGAAUCCGAUUCUCGGAGGAGGCAAACGAGCAAGAUCGAGUGAUCAUGAUCUCGUCGAGCCAAUGGAGUUUCUCUUCGUCAAAAUCGUGAAAGCUAGAAAUCUUCCAUCCAUGGACUUAACCGGAAGUCUAGAUCCAUACAUCGAAGUCAAACUCGGAAACUUUACCGGCAAAACAAAACAUUUCGAGAAGAAUCAAAACCCGAUUUGGAACGAAGUCUUUGCUUUCUCCAAAUCCAAUCAACAAUCAAACGUUCUUGAAGUCAUCGUCAUGGACAAAGACAUGGUCAAAGACGAUUUCGUCGGUUUAAUCCAGUUUGAUCUCAAUGAGAUUCCGACACGUGUCGCACCAGACAGUCCUUUAGCUCCAGAAUGGUACAGAGUCAACAACGAGAAAGGAGGCGAGAUUAUGUUGGCUGUUUGGUUCGGUACUCAAGCCGACGAAGCGUUCUCAGACGCGACAUACUCAGACGCUUUAAACGCUGUUAACAAAUCGAGUUUGCGUUCUAAAGUCUAUCAUUCUCCUAGGCUUUGGUACCUCCGGGUUAAUGUCAUCGAGGCACAAGACUUAGUUAUUGUACCAGACCGGACUCGAUUGCCAAAUCCAUAUGUUAAAAUCCGGUUAAAUAACCAAAUGGUUCGAACCAAACCGAGUCACUCGCUGAAUCCAAGAUGGAAUGAAGAGUUCACGCUCGUCGCGGCUGAACCGUUUGAGGAUCUGAUCAUCUCGAUUGAAGACCGAGUCGCGGCUAACCGAGAGGAAACGCUGGGAGAGGUACAUAUACCGAUUGGUACAAUUGAUAAACGAAUUGACGAUAGCCGGACAGUACCUAACCGUUGGUUUAGUCUUAAAACUGAGAACCAGAGAAGAGUCAGAUUCGCGACGACGAGGCUUCAUCUAAACGUUUGUCUAGAAGGAGGCUAUCACGUUCUUGAUGAAUCUACUUAUUACAGCAGCGAUUUAAGACCGUCGAUGAAAGAGUUGUUGAGUCAUAAGCAGCCGUCUAUUGGUGUUCUUGAAUUAGGAAUCUUGAGAAUUGAAGGUUUGAGUCUGAGCCAAGAAGGUAAGAAAGAGACGGUGGAUGCUUACUGUGUGGCUAAGUAUGGAACCAAAUGGGUCAGGACUCGGACCGUUACGAACUGUUUAAACCCGCGGUUCAACGAGCAGUACACAUGGGAGGUUUAUGAGCCAGCAACCGUAAUCACAAUCGGUGUUUUCGAUAACAAUCAGAUCAAUGGUGGUAACGGUAACAAAGGAGAUGGGAAAAUUGGGAAAAUCAGAGUUAGAAUAUCGACUCUCGAAGCCGGAAGGAUCUACACUGUUUCGUAUCCGCUUCUUGUUCUUCGACCUUCAGGUUUAAAGAAAAUGGGGGAAUUGCAUUUAGCGAUACGGUUUUCUUGCUCGUCAAUGUUUCAGAUGCUAAUGCAGUACUGGAAACUAUGGAAUAUGAGAAUUGGAUGAUUGUAUUAGAUGAGAGGUUACAAGUAUAUAUACAAGAUAAUGAGUCAAGGUAGCCCUAAUCACACAUAACUACAACAUAAAUACAAGAGAUAUGAUUGA